AUGAAAUAAAUGAAUUAAUAUAAUCUCUCAAAGGGCAAAUAAUAAAAGAAGGUUAAUUUGAUUCUCACUCCUCUCAAACUUGAAUCAUCCUUACAUGUUAAAAACUAGUAUUUCGAAAAUUCAUCCUAUUAUCAACGUUCAUCGCCUAGAACUAUUCUCCCAUAAUUUACACCCUAAAAGAAGAAGGCAUAGAUAAGUUUUCAAGAAUCCAAGAAUUCUCCACAAUCUUCAUUGAUCACAUCAUUUAAAGUGAGACCAAGAAAUUUUCACUAAGAAAAAGUGUAGUUUCAGAGCAAUUUGAGUAUAGCUUUUAUUCAGAAUUAGUAAAGGUUCAAUCGAGAUUGAUUCCUGAUGAUAGUUUUAGAUUCAAAGCCAAAUACGCGGCUAGAACAAGGAAGGGAGUCUAAUUGGGCAAUACAUCUAAGGUGAAUUAAGAUGCCUAUGUGUGUUGUGCGAAGAUUGAAAAUAAUGAAUGCAUUCAUCUUUUUGCAAUUUGCGAUGGACAUGGAGAACAUGGACAUUUGGUAAGUGGUUUGAUAAAAACUCAACUUCCCAUGUUGGUUUCCAAGAAUAAAAUGAUGUUGGAGAGGAAGUACAAAAGAUUGAAUAUAAAUUUAGUUCUUCCCAAGGCUUGAUGAUCAUAAUUUAAGGACUGUCUGACAUGUUACAAUAGAGUCAUAUUGAUAUUUCGUUUUCAGGGUCGACUCUGGUGAUAGUGUAUGUUUAAAAUAACAAAGUUAUUGUAUUGUUCAUAUGGUUAGAUUUAUUGUGCAAAUUUGGGAGAUUCCAGGGCCGUUCUGUUGAAUAGAGAGGAGAAAUGGAAAGUGAAACCAUUGUCAAGAGAUCACAAGCCAAGUUGUAAAGAUGAAGCUGAUCGAAUACUGGCUAAUGGAGGCAGGAUAGAUCCUCUAAUGAACAGCUUAGGUCUUUUUGUGGGUCCUCUGAGAGUGUGGACAAAUCAGAAUGUGCCUGGUUUGGCUAUGACAAGAUCAUUAGGCGAUGAAAUAGCGCAUUCAGUAGGAGUCAGUGAUAAACCAGAGAUCUUGUAAUUUGAUUUAGAGAGGAGUGACAAGGUGAUAGUGUUGGGGAGUGAUGGAUUAUUUGAGUUUCUGAGUGAUGACCAAAUAAUUAAUUGCAUAUCCCCAUAUUAUGAUACAUCUAACAUUGAAGGGGCUUGCAAUCAGUUAAUGUUGAGUGCUUGUAACAGUUGGAUGUAAAAAUGCAAUAGCUUAAUUGAUGACAUUACUUUCAUAGUAUUAUUCUUAACUUAUUGAAUGUG